AGCAUCACGACACUUUCAGCCUGUAAGACAAAACUGAGGACAAAAAACCCAAAACCCAAAACACAUUGCCUGUUCAAGACAAGCGACGUGAAAACCAUGGCUGGAAAUGGCGAAAAGAAACCAAUACUGGAAAUGGUCCAGGCCGAUGGCGCCCAGGAAGACUGUGUGACCUUUGUGAUGCACGAUGAAGACCACACUCUGGGCAAUUCCCUCAGAUACAUGAUCAUGAAGAACCCCGAUGUGGAGUUCUGCGGCUAUACCAUCACCCAUCCGUCCGAGAGCAAGAUCAACUUCCGCAUUCAGACGAGAGGGGGAGUUCCAGCUGUGGAGCCGUUGCAGAAGGGCUUGAAGGAUCUUCACGAAGUCUGCCAGCACGUUCUCAACACUUUCCAGACAAAAGUUAAUGAAUACAAAGAAAGAGAAGAGACGCCGAUGGAAUGACCUUCAUCAUUACUACAAGACUGAGGAGCAAAGGACUGUAAACAUGGAUUCAAUUAGAUUAUUUUUUAUAUUUUAUUAAAAAAAAAACAAGAAAAAGAUGUCAAAACAGUUGUUUUUCAUCCGUUGAUGUUUAGUUGAAGUAUAAUGUAUAAUAAAGCUAUAUUCCUUGCAUGUGUA